AUGGCACCCCGGCUCCGACAUAACGAUUACACGGUGGGCUGGGUCUGUGCCUUGCCGGACGAGCUCACCGCAGCGCAGGAGAUGCUGGACGAAGAGCACCACGACCUCCCUCCGAGCGGCAACGAUACGAAUAUAUACUGUCUAGGCCGCAUUAGCGAGCAUAAUGUCGCUCUUGCCUGCCUGCCUGCGGGUUUCAUAGGCGUCGCCUCCGCCACGGCCGUUGCUAUGCAAAUGAAGUCUACUUUCCCCGCCAUUCGGUUUGGACUCAUGGUGGGGAUCGGAGGCGGCGUUCCAGGCAAAGACGCUGAUAUCCGUCUCGGGGAUGUUGUUGUUAGCCAACCAGGGAAGGGUCAUGGUGGGGUGAUCCAAUACGACUUUGGAAAAUCGACGCCUAGCGGAUUCGAGCGGACGGGGUUCCUUAACGCGCCACCCCUAGUACUUCUUAAUGCGGUCACGAAGCUUCGAUCCAACCAACGCCGAGGAAGAAACCGUCUCUCGCUACAUCUAUCGAAGCUUAGCGACCUCCCCGAUUUCUCCCGCGAUAAAGCAGAAAGUGAUAUGCUGUUCGAAGUGGGGUAUAAUCACGUUGGAGAAGAUAGCUGCGUAUCAUGCGUACCGACAAGACAAAUACAAAGGGAGGAUCGGGCAAACAGCACGCCUAUGGUCCACUACGGCACGAUCGCAUCAGGCAACCAGGUGAUGAGGGAUGGGACUAUAAGAGACCAGAUCAGCUCGGAGUUCGGAAGAGUGCUCUGUUUCGAGAUGGAGGCGGCGGGCCUAAUGAACAACUUCCCCUGUCUAGUGAUCCGCGGCAUCUGCGACUACUCCGACUCGCAUAAGAAUAAGAGGUGGCAACCAUACGCUGCAGGAACGGCGGCAGCGUACGCGAAGGAGCUGCUUUUGAUUAUUCCUGCGGCGGAAGUGGCGAAGACGCAGACGAUUGAUGAAGUAACGCGAGAGUAUCUUCCUUUCUCACGAAAUCGAAAGUUUGUUGGCCGAGACACCGACCUUGAUGCGUUAAAAAACAAGCUCUUCAUAAGCAAAGAAUGCCAGAAGAUGGCCCUUGUUGGCCUCGGUGGUGUCGGCAAAACACAGAUCGCGCUCCAAUUCGCGUACUGGGUUAGAGAAAAUCAUCCAGAUUUCUCUAUCUUCUGGUUACCGGCGCUGAGCAUGGAGACGUUUGAGCAGGGGUGCACGGAGAUAGCAAGAGCGCUAAGGAUACGUCAGUCGGAAGACGGCAAAGAAGAUGUCCGGAAGCUAGUGCAGCAACGGCUCAGCGCGAAGACCAAAGGCAAGGGCAAGUGGUUGCUAAUUGUCGAUAAUGCCGACGACAUGGACCUCCUCCGCGGCGUAGAGGAAGAGGAAGGCUUAUUGGACCUUUUGCCCCAGAACGACAACGGUCUAACUUUGUUUACCACCCGGCACAACGAAGUUGCGCAGUUAGUGGCCGGUAGCGAUAUGGUUGAAGUCGAAAAGAUGGAAAAGGAGGAGGCAAUGAACUUGCUGAAGAAAUCCUUAACCUUAAAGCGCCUGCCCAACGACGAUGGGCUUAUGACGGACCUUCUCGUUGAACUAGACUAUCUCCCCCUAGCUAUUACCCAAGCGGCAGCAUACAUCAACACAAACAGAAGCUCCAUCUCUGAGUAUCACCGGUUACUUAAGAGCUCAGAGCAGGACGCCAUCGCGAUGAUGAGUACUGAAUCCCCCGACAACACACGAUACAAAAAGUCGGUGAACGCUGUAGCAAAGACUUGGAUAAUCAGUUUUAAUCAGAUUCUUAAGCAUGAUAUAGUGGCAGCAGACCUUCUUGCCUUUAUCUCGUGUAUCGAAUGGAAGGCGAUCCCAUACUCAAUUCUACCUGCUGUUCAGCCCGAAGUACGGAUGGCGAGUGCCAUCGGCACGCUUUAUUCAUACUCGUUCCUGGAACGAAGAGAGGACGGUAAGAUGCUUGAUAUGCAUAGGCUUGUCCAUUUAUCAACGAGAAUAUGGAUCAGUCAGAGGGGCCGUGAAGGAGAAACAAGUAAGGCGGUACUGAAACGCCUCUCGGAAGUUUUUCCGUGUGACGAUUACACGCAUCGUGAGAUCUGGAGACAAUAUCUGCCGCAUGCGGCGCGUAUAGGGCAAAUCGAGCAAUGCCAAGAUACCGAGGAGAAGAGCGAGCUCUGUCUGAAGGUAGGGCGAUGCCUAUACGUUGAUGGGAGGAUAAAGGAAACUGUCGUCUGGCUACGGGAGUCUUGCGAGUGGAGGGAUAGAAAUCUUGCUGAAGAUGACGCAGAUCGAUUGGCGUCGCAGCAUGCGCUUGCCGGAGCAUAUCAAGCAAACGGACAGGUUAAGGAGGCGGUCGAUCUACUGGAGCGUGUUGUCGCGAUACGAGCGGAACAUGCGCUCGCCGGAGCAUAUGAAGCAAACGGACAGGUCAAGGAGGCGGUCAAGCUGCUAGAGAGUGUUGUUGCUUUAAAGCGGAAAAUUAUGGCGGAAGAUCACCCUUCGCGAAUUGUAUCGGAGAGGAUGCUGGCUUCCUUCUAUAAUGAUAUGCUAAAGAAGCCUGAAACAGGGCAGGCGACCGCCAACGAUGUAAUGUUGUUUGGGUUGAAUGCGAACCAAUCGAGAUAG